CCAAAUCGCCGUCGUCCUCCCUCCUCUUCCUUCUUCGAUUCGCAGACAUGGGUAACAGCGGCAAGGCGGAAGAGUCCGACCGGCGACGAUCUACAGAGCCGACGACGGGGAGCGACCUGGGACACUCGAACCAGCGAGCUCCGACGAUGUCUGGCCAAAAUCCGAGCGACAGCGCUCUAUCCAACGGAGAGUUCCGGCAGCGACGCCGGUGACCGACCACAGUGGACCAGCGACGAUUUCUGCCGACAACCCUAUGUCCAGCGACCUCUGUUCUGGCGAAGUCCAGCAGCUCCAGCAGAGUAACAGCCCGCAACGAUGACAGAUCCGUGCGGGCUUGGGCAGUGACGGGCUUGCUUGGGCUGUGCGUGACGCCGUCUACCCUCUCCGUUCGGGAGUUUCUCUCUACAGGAACUGCAGUGCUGGCCAGUUUAUCUUUUCUGAUUUGGGAAUGGAUUUUGCUGAAAUUGGUAUGUCUUCUUCAUUUAAUAUUGAUUAUUUAAAUUGUAUCCUAUGGCUGCAAAACAGUGAUUUCCCUCCCAAGAUUUAGAUUUAGUUCUCUAAAUGCUUCAAGAUUUGGUAGCGUGAUAUCAUCACAACCUCUAUACACAUAGAAUGUCUAUAAAUGGAGACUUGUGGUGAACGAGAUUGUUAGAGGAUGACACCUUUUUUGGUCACUUGAGAAGCUUCUUUAGUACGGUGUGAGAUUCAUUUAUGUAUCUAUUUGGUCAGUCAUAUGUGUCAUCUUCUGGUGCUAUGUCAUUGUUAGUUGCAACAGUAUGUUUUGUGCCAUCAAAGGUAUCUCGUAAAAAGCGAGUGAUUAUCGGGAUUCUUCAUGUGUUUGCCCACUUGGCAGCAGCAUUGAUCCUCACAAUCUUGUUGGAACUAGGUGUUGAGACAUGUAUUAGGCAUAAUCUACUCGACACAUCAGGUUAUCAUACCAUAUAUGAAUGGUACUGAUCAGCCGAGAGCGAGCAUUUCCUAGAUCCUACUGGUCUUUAAGAACGUUUAGAGCGAUGGACAUUUGGCCUUUAUCCAGCCUGCAUCAAGUAUCUCAUGUCUGCAUUUGAUGUGCCUGAGGUUCAAUGCAACCAAUUAUUAGGUCGAUCCAGAACAGCGAGGCUUUCAUGGAGUUGAUAAAGGUUAUUGAUAUGAAUCGGUUACUACAAUGAUUGAAUUUGCAAGGCAUUUCAUGAAGUACCAUGCAACUUGAACAAUUCAAGUAUGAUAUGGGAACAAAUGACUAAUUUAGUUGGCUCAAUGGGCAAUUAUGAUGUCCUUUUAUUUAUGUAAAUAUUAAUUAUUUGAUGAUAUUAAUAUUUUAAAUGUACAAUUUUAGACAUUACUCGAUUUAUUGUAAUCUUUGGAAUUUAUUUUUGUUUUAGUAUUAAUAUUUUAUAAUUGAAACAAAUUUUAAUUAUUAAAAAUGGGUGCCUUUG